AUGGACUAUAUGGCACCAUCGCUGAUCUCACAAUUGUCCAGCAUUCUUCAAAAUCCAUCUUUCCCAGCACAUCUUCAGUCAGCCGUACAUGCUGUCCGGGACAGCCUGGAUAGCAAACAGAAGAGUGCAAGUGAGAAGGAAAAUGACUACCCACAGCUCCACCUUCGAAUUGAAGCAUCAAUAGUCACUGACGUGACGACGUCUAAGCAGACAAGUGACAUGGUCUUGGGAUACAUUGAUCUUCGAAGUGGGCAGGCAGUGCCGUUGCCACCCACUCCCGUUUCAACGCCUGACUCUACAAUUAAUACAGAAUAUGCUACUAUCAGCUCUGACUCGAACGGCUGCCGUGGUAAUAGCAAUGCUCAGAGCCAUCCUCACAAGCGGCGCAAGACCCUAAGCGCGCUUCGACCAGCAAAGGCGACAACCAUUCAGCCAGAUGAGUCAAGAGAUCAUGAAUACGAAAGCUUAGAUUUGGAAGCCGCUGCCGAUUCUAGUGGAACCAAGCCAUCUGUACGACAGGUCCACAGUGACACCCGGUUUCCGCAACGGAAGAACCCACGGCAGGAGUAUUCAUUACCUGUGCUGGGACCGACUUCAGCCGACAAGCUUAUAGCAGGGAUCUGGCGACAACUGCAUUCGCCUGUGAAACUUAGCCGACUUCCUUCGAUCAUACAAUCAAACACGGAUAUCCGCACUGGUGUUAGUCUCGAGGUAUUCCGCGAGAUAAAUACAUUAUGCCUGAAAUACUACAAUCAAAGCCAGUCCUCUCGUGCUCUGGAAAUGAUCGUCCAAGCAUAUUGGGUAGAAUGUUUCGAAGCACGUGUUGCCGUCGUUCGACUUGAGAAACCUCAUCUUUCGACAACAGAUGCGCGAAUGAUGGUUCUUAAGGAGGCUUGCGUGGUUCUAAACUGGAAGGAAAAGGAUCUCCGUAAUCGAAUGGCAAUCUGGCGCGGUUACAAAGAAAUCAAAGAUACAGGCGGUUGGGCCUGCCUGAUAUUCGCGAGUACUGGCAUCUACCGAUUCUGCAAAUAUCGCACAGAAUUCGGCGAGGGACUAUUUACCCGUCUACGCCAUCUCCGAUCCAGCUUCGAGGUAGCAGCUGAUACUCUUCACCCGGGAUGGAGGGACCUCCUACAGGUCAUUAGACAGGAUACGUCGAGUGUCUAUCAUGGCCAUCCGCAUGAGUGGGUAAAUAUGUCAGAGGGUCCUGCUAGUCCUCUAGCUUCGACAUACGAGCAUCUUGACCUUCCUCAGGGAUUCCAGUACCAGUUCAUUGAAGAGUGUGUACUAGACCGUGCUCAUUUUGGAACCCAUGAUCCACGUCGGGUACCAGAACUAGACCCCGAUGUGUGUCUCGUAUGCAAGGAAAGACAGUCAGACGAGAUUGAGAAGAACCAGUGCCUGUGUUUCCCGGCGUUAUUCGGUGGCGUUCGUCAUCCGGUGCCAGUUCAGGUCUUUCGUACGUCGACUGGCAAGAAUAAUGGCGUUAUUGCGCGCUGUAACUUCGAUCGCGGAACAGUAAUAGGCGAAUUCACAGGCCUCAUCACAAACGGCAUAGAAGGAGUAGACGUGAUGCUAGGUGGUUCGCGCGGUCGAACAUACCAAAUAUAUCAGGGGCAGAUGGGCAAUUUCACCCGAUUUAUCAACCACUCCUGUCGGCCGAACAGCCAAUUCCAGAGGUUCUACUGGCGAGGCAUGGAGCGCAUUAUAGUAGUCUCACGGGGCAUUUUAGCAGGAACCGAAAUCACUGUCGACUAUUCGGAUAAUUAUUGGCGCCAGUUAAGUAAGAAAUGUCUUUGUGGAGAGUCGUGUUGUCGGUUUGCUGGGAGGGAGGGAUGACUGUUACUAUCUGGUAUAUAGUCCCAGGUUUGUAAAAUCUAGGCUUGGGCGGG